AUGGCUCCCACCACCUCUGCCAGCGCCGCUCACGCUGCCAAUUCCAACUCGUCCGCCUUCAAGAGCACAGAGCUUCCUCACUUGUCCGGUGUCGAGGCCGCUAAGCGUGCAGCUGCCUACGCUGCCGUCGACAACCACGUCAAGCCACAGCACGAGAUCAUCGGUAUCGGCUCCGGUUCCACCGUCCCUUACGUCGUCGAGCGCAUCGCACAGCAGGGUGCCGACGUCAAUGCGAAGCGUUGGUUCGUGCCCACCGGUUUCCAGUCGCGCGAGCUCAUCAUCAACGCAGGCCUCCGUCUCGGCGAUGUCGACAGCUUCCCCAGCAUCGACGUCACCAUCGACGGCGCCGACGAGGUCGACAACGCUCUCAACUGCAUCAAGGGUGGCGGAGCUUGCCACCUCCGCGAAAAGGUGCUCGCAGAAGCCGCCAACGAAUUCGUCGUCGUGGCUGACUACCGCAAGAACGGCUCUCAGCUCGGCACCAAAUGGUUGCAAGGUGUCCCUAUCGAGGUCGCUCCCUUCGCCUAUGCCAAGGUGUUGCAAAACUUGAACAAGAUGGGUGCGCAAAAGCCCGUGUUGCGAAUGGGCAAGGCCAAAGCCGGUCCCGUCGUCACCGACAAUGGCAACUUUUGCAUCGACGCCCCUUUCCCUGAAGCACAGAUGAAAGAUCCCUCCGACUUGCUCAUGCGCAUCAAGCUGCUCACAGGUGUCCUAGAGGUCGGUCUCUUUUGCAACAUUUGCAGGUCCGCCUACUUUGGCAACGAGGACGGCACUAUCACUAUCAAGACCGCCGACGGCAAGGUGCAAGAGGGAGUGAACUUUGAUGUCACCAAGCCUCCCGCGACGGCAUGA